UUACGUAAGCACGAGUCUACGAACAAGAAUAGAUGUCCAACGAUAUAACGUGUUUAUGUUUCAAUGAAAAACAGAAUCUGGUUCCACCCAACCCCAUCUCCAUGUCUCUACCACUUUCUUCUCCAAAAUGGCUCACGCUCACCAUAUCUGCUAAACCACUCAACUCAAUUCUAUGUUAUCUUGUUUUCCUCAUCUUCGAUCUUCUUGAUGCUGUUUUCUGCGUUAUCUAUGGAUACCUUGAUGAACGCAUUGAAGGGGAGGCUUCCCCUUGUUGCUGCUCUAACCGGGAAAGGCAGAAGAGGAGGAUGAAUGUGGCAGAUGAUGGUCUAUCUGAUAGCUUGUAUGAGAGGAAGAACACUUUCAGGGAAAUGGGGUUCCUUCAAUUUGGGAGAAAGAAGGAAGGUUCCAAUAGAAAACAUGGUGGAGGUGGUGGAAGGUCACUGAACCGUUGGUCUGAUUGUGGCUGUGAGUCUUGCCUUUCAUGGGCCAAUGAUGGAAGUGACUAUAAACUUCAUUUUGUUUUGAAGGAGCCCUUGUUGGUCACUGGUGAGAACUUCAGGGGAAACUCUUCUGAGAAUGUGAUAUUCUUGCAUGGAUUUAUGUGCUCUUCUUCAUUUUGGACACAGACAGUGUUUCCAUAUUUUUCUGAAGAAGUGAAUGGUGACUACAGAUUGAUUGCCGUAGACCUGCUAGGAUUUGGUAAGAGUCCAAAGCCAAGAGAUUGCUCAUACACUUUGAAGGAUCAUGUGGAAAUGAUUGAGAAAUCUGUGAUUCAACCGUUGGAGUUAAGUAGUUUUCACUUGGUUGCACAUUCCAUGGGUUGCAUAAUUGCAUUGGCCCUGGCUGCAAAGUAUCCCAUGAGUGUAAAAUCAAUCACCCUUGUUGCUCCUCCAUACACAUCUUCAGAGGGAAAUGAUGCUUGUUUAAAUGCACUAUCAAUGCUUGCUGGAAAGAAACUGUGGUCCCCAUUGUCAUUUGGUUCUUCAUUUAUGUCAUGGUAUGAGCACUUGGGUCGAACCGUUUGCCUUGUCUAUUGCAGAAAUCACAGAAUGUGGGAGAGCAUUCUAAAAUUCAUUACUCGCAAGAGGGAUCUUCAUUUCUUGACCAUGGACAUGACCAGGCACACUCAUCAUUCAGCUUGGAGUUCCAUGCAUAAUGUGAUAUGUGGGGGAGCAAAAUUUGUGGAUACUUACCUUAUAAUUUUGACCAAAGUUGGUGUCAGAAUAAGUGUCAUUCAAGGUGAUCAAGAUCAGGUUGUCCCAAUGGAGUGUUGUAGAAACUUCAAGUUGAAGGCUCCAAAUGCUGAAAUCAACAUCAUUCCAAAUGCAGAUCACAGCACUGUAAUAUUUGGCAGAGAGAAGGAAUUUGCAUAUAGUCUGGAGCAUACAUGGGAAUCUUGCUGUUGAUACGAGUGAAUUUUAGUGGUGAAAUAUGGAAUCAUUUGUAGUAGAUUUUGUAUGAGAAAUAAAAUAGUAUACAACAUAACCUACUAAUGCCAAAAUGUUUAAUGCAUUUUUUUUAUAAAUCUUUUGUAAUGGACAAUUAUUUGUUGUGUACUCAAGAGUGGCUCUAUUAAAUAUUUUUCUAUUGUUGAAUUAGGUGAGAAAUAUGUAAAUUAUUUUUAAAAUGUAUUAUACUAUAAAAUAGCAUAUUUUAUUUUCAACAAA